AUGAGUGCAGUGUGCUCAGACCCUCUGAUGAGGCCCCCUGCUCCUGUCCCUGAGAGUUUGAGCAAUGCUAGGAAGACUUUGUGGGACACAGGGCAACAGCCUUUGAGCCCUGGCCUGGUCUGGGGACAGAUGCUGACUGCCUGUCCUGGGAGCGUGAAGGCGUCCUGGGGUUCCCCCGAUACAGACUCCCUUUCUCUGCAUGUCUCUCAGACCCAGCACCGCUCAAGGCCUUGGCUUCUCCUUCUACCCACUGGCACUCACCUCAAGAUGACCUGGCGAGAGGGAGCCUUUCUUCCAGAUGCUGCCCUGGAUGCCAAGUCACAUCCCUGGAUCGACAUGGAUGAGCCAAUGCCCUCCGUGUCCCUGCUUUCCUCCCCGGCCACUCGCAGGAAUGGAGAGCCUGUCAUCUCACCUCUGCUCUUCUCGAGUGCUGUCUGUCCUGAUCAGCCACCUAGCCACCUCCGAGCUUGGGUCCACAGUAAAUACAAGCGCCUGACCCAGAUCCACACUUCCCAUGACCCCCGAGUCUCCAACCUCCGUUCAUCCAAAGGGCAGCAGCUGCACGUCACUCUGGGCACAGACCUGGGCUGGCAAGGGCCCUAUGAACGGGAAAUGGAACCCUGGCGCCAAGGACAAAGAUUCCCAGGAGCCCGGUCGAGACAGGCCUACCGAGGAGGCUGCAGCUGGUGUCCACAGAUCAGGAACCCAAUGGAGGGGUUAUACCGAGGAACAUUCUAUUUCCACUUCCGAAACCUUCGCUAUGCCUCUGGCCGGAACACCGCCUUCCUAUGCUACCGAGUGGAAGCAGUGGAGCACCGCUCGCCUGUCCUCAUUGACAGGGGAGUCUUUAAAAACCAGGUCUAUCCCUGUCCUCCCCUCCAUGCAGAAUUGUGCUUCCUCUCUUGGUUCUUCAACAACGUGCUGUCCCGUGACAAGCACUACUUGGUCACCUGGUACAUAUCCUGGAGCCCAUGCUGCGAGUGUGCAGAACAGGUGGCCGACUUCCUGGCCAGGCACAGAAACGUGAGGCUGACCAUCUUCGCCGCCCGCCUCUACUACUUUUGGAAAUCAGAAUACAGGCAGGGGCUUCGCAGGCUGUGCUGGGAAGGGGCCCAGGUGGACGUCAUGUCCUUCCAAGAAUUUCAAAGCUGCUGGGAAGAGUUUGUGUACAACCAGGGAAUGCCCUUCAAGCCUUGGAAGAAACUGACGACAAAUUUUCACUUCCUGAACUCCAUGCUGGGGGACAUUCUCAGAAACACAAUGAGGUGGCUGAAGGAAGAUGUAUUCAGCAAACAGUUUAACAACCAGCACCGGGUCAAAAAGCCCUACUUCCGGAGGAAGACGUACUUGUGCUACCAGCUGAAGCUGCUCAGUGGCCCCACACUCGACAAAGGCUGCUUUCAAAACGAGAAACGUCGCCAUGCAGAAAUUCGCUUUAUUGACAAGAUCCAGUCAAUGAGGCUGGACCCAGCCCAGAGCUACGAAAUCACCUGCUAUCUCACGUGGAGCCCCUGCCCCUCCUGUGCCCGGGAACUGGUUGAGUUCAUAAACCACCACCAUCACGAUCACCCCCGCUGCAGACUGCGGAUCUUCACCUCCCGCCUGUACUGCCACUGGCGCAGGAAGCAUCAGGAGGGGCUGCAACUUCUGUGUAAAUCCAACGUCCCAGUGGAUGUCAUGAAACUCCCAGAGUUUACUGACUGCUGGAGAAACUUUGUGGAUGAGGAAAGGCCCUUUGAGGAGUGGGAGAAUCUGGAGCAGUACAGCAACAGCAUAAGCCAACGGCUCGAGAGGAUCCUGAGGCUUCUCACCAGCUGA